AUGCCAGAGAAGGAAACUCUUGAAAUUUCUAACUUAGCCUCACGGUUAGAAGGGAGAAGAUCGCUUGUACAUGCUGCUCUAAAGGCAAAGAAUACAGAUAUACUUGAUGCUAUUCUUAACGAAGAUCAGAGUCUUGUGAAUGAACGAGAUGAAGGACUUGCAUGCCUUUCUGUUGGAGCAUCCUUUGGGUAUUAUAAAGGAGUAUGCAACCUUUUAGACCGAUCAACAUCAAGUGUCUUUGAAUGCAAUGAUGAUGGUUCCUUUCCAAUCCAUGUGGCAGUAGAGAAAGGUCAUGUAGAUGUCGUAAAAGAGAUUCUAAUACGUUGUCCAGAUUCGAUAGAGCUACUAAACAAACAAGGUCAGAACAUUCUUCACAUUGCAGCCAAGAGUGGGAAAGCUGGAUCUUUGCUUUUAAAGUAUAUCAAGAGAGUUGAUAAAAAGAAGAAUCAUCUGAUUGAGGAGCAAGAUGAGGAUGGGAAUACACCUCUGCAUCUAGCCACCAUGAAUUGGCGUCCUCAAACUGUUAUGGACCUUACUAAGUUUUCUUUAAACACCACCAGAAUCCAAAAUGUAGAGAACAAAGAUGGCUUGAGACCACUUGACAUUGCAGAGUUAAAGCUACAGCCUUACUAUGUCUUUAGGGAGAGACUGACUUUGAUGGUCUUGUUAUCCACUUACAAACCAAGAGGUGCUGCUUGGCUACCAACAAGUGGAAUGACACUAAGAAGCAGAUCAGAGAAUCUAAGAGGUAUCGGUGAAAAAUACAAAGACCGCGUUAACAUACUUCUACUAGUGGCUACUCUCGUAGCCACUGUAACGUUUGCUGCAGGUACUGCAGUACCAGGAGGAUUCAACAGCUCUGCUCCAAACUUGGGCAUGGCCAUUUUGUCCCAUAACUUCAACUUCUCUUUAUUUGUGUUAUAUGACACUGUUGCAAUGCAUAGUUCACUUGUUGCAAUAGUUGCUCUUAUAUGGGCACAAAUGGGAGAUCCAAAACUCGUUCACCGCACCUUUCGAUUAGCUUUGCCAUCACUUUCCUUGGCUUUAAUGUUCAUGUCAGCUGCAUUCUAUCAUGGCUUGCUUGCUACAACAAAGAAUCUCGAUUACGAAACGAUGGUGUUCCUCUCGAUUCCCAACGGGAAGACUCUAUCGAUCGAUGUAAACCCUAAAGCAACCACCGUCUCCGUCUUCGAAGGAUUGGUUCACCAACGAACCGAUCUUCCUCAACCUCUCGUUCGCUACUCUCUCCGUAUGCGAAACCCUAACCGUAGGUUCGGAGAUUCGAAAAACUCCGAUUCGGUGCUAUUAUCCGAUCUCGGUGUUUGUCGUUUCACUACUUUGAUUAUCCAUGUACCUGUUUUGGGUGGGAUGCAAGGAGCGGCUCCACCGAAACCUCGUCUCGAUUUCCUCAACUCAAAGCCUCCGUCGAAUUACGUCGCGGGUCUGGGUCGUGGUGCUACAGGAUUUACUACUCGGUCCGAUAUUGGUCCUGCUCGUGCUGCUCCGGAUCUGCCUGAUCGAUCCGCCGUGGCUACUGCGGCUGCUCCUGGAGUAGGUCGUGGAGGAGGGAAGCCAAAUGAGGCGGAGGACGAUGAAGAAGCUGAGGAGAAAGGGUACGAUGAGAAUCAGAAGUUUGAUGAGUUUGAAGGGAAUGAUGCUGGUUUGUUCUCUAAUGCUGAAUACGAUGAGGAUGACAAAGAGGCUGAUGCAAUCUGGGAGUCUAUUGAUCAGAGGAUGGAUUCAAGGAGGAAAGAUAGGAGAGAAGCGAAGCUGAAGGAAGAAAUCGAGAAAUACCGAGCUUCGAACCCUAAAAUUACUGAACAGUUUGCGGAUUUGAAGAGGAAAUUGCAGACUUUGUCUGCUGAUGAAUGGGAUAGUAUUCCAGAGAUUGGAGAUUACUCGCUACGGAACAAGAAGAAGAAGUUUGAGAGCUUUGUGCCUAUUCCUGAUACACUUUUGGAGAAGGCUAAGAAGGAAAAAGAACUCGUCAUGGCCUUAGACCCAAAGAGCAGAGCCGCUGGUGGGUCGGAGACACCAUGGGCGCAGACGCCCGUCACAGACUUGACUGCCGUCGGUGAGGGAAGAGGUACUGUGUUGUCUCUGAAGCUUGAUAGGUUAUCGGAUUCAGUCUCAGGGCAAACUGUUGUGGACCCUAAAGGUUACUUAACUGACCUGAAGAGUAUGAAAAGAACCACUGAUGAAGAGAUUGACGAUCGAAAGAAAGCUAGAUUGUUAUACAAGAGUCUAACCCAAUCGAAUCCAAAGAAUCCCAAUGGCUGGAUUGCUGCCGCUAGAGUAGAGGAAAUGGAUGGGAAGAUUAAAGCAGCUAGGCUUCAGAUUCAGAGGGGGUGUGAAGAGUGCCCGAAAAAUGAGGAUGUUUGGCUUGAAGCUUGUAGGAUGGCCAAUCCAGAAGAUGCCAAGGCGGUUAUUGCAAACGGGGUUAAGCUAAUACCCAAUUCGGUGAAGCUAUGGUUGGAGGCUGCAAAGCUGGAGCGUGAUGAGGAGAACAAGAGUAGGGUGUUGAGAAAGGGACUGGAGCAUAUUCCAGACUCGGUAAGGCUAUGGAAGGCUGUUGUUGAGUUGGCUAAUGAGGAAGAUGCAAGGAUUUUGCUUCACAGGGCUGUGGAGUGCUGUCCUCUGCAUCUGGAGCUAUGGGUGGCGCUUGCGAGGCUCGAAACAUACGAAAACUCAAAGAAGGUGUUGAAUAGAGCCAGAGAGAAGCUCCCUAAGGAGCCUGCGAUUUGGAUCACCGCUGCUAAGCUAGAGGAAGCUAAUGGGAACACGGCUAUGGUGGGAAAGAUUAUUGAUAGGGGUAUAAAGACUCUGCAGAGAGAAGGGGUUGUUAUUGACCGAGAAAAUUGGAUGAGUGAGGCUGAGGCCUCUGAGAGAGCCGGGUCUAUCGCAACAUGCCAGGCAAUUAUUAAGAACACUAUUGGUAUUGGAGUCGAGGAAGAGGAUAGAAAGAGAACUUGGGUCGCUGAUGCAGACGAGUGCAAGAAGAGGGGUUCUAUUGAGACCGCAAGAGCAAUAUACGCCAAUGCUCUUACCGUAUUCUUGACCAAGAAAAGUAUCUGGCUUAAAGCAGCACAACUUGAGAAGAGCCAUGGGAGUAGGGAGUCCCUUGAUGCUUUGUUGCGUAAGGCUGUGACAUAUGUCCCUCAAGCUGAGGUUCUCUGGCUCAUGGGUGCAAAAGAGAAAUGGCUUGCUGGAGAUGUUCCAGCGGCCCGUGCUAUUCUACAGGAGGCUUAUGCUGCAAUUCCCAACUCUGAGGAAGUCUGGCUUGCUGCUUUCAAGCUCGAGUUUGAGAACAAGGAGCCGGAGAGGGCGAGAAUGCUUCUUGCAAAAGCAAGGGAAAGAGGAGGGACUGAGAGGGUCUGGAUGAAAUCAGCCAUUGUUGAGAGGGAACUUGGCAAUGUAGAGGAAGAGAGGAGGUUGCUUGAUGAAGGCUUGAAGCAAUUCCCAACAUUCUUCAAGCUUUGGUUGAUGCUUGGGCAGCUCGAGGAACGGUUCCAACAUCUGGAAGAGGCCAGGAAAGCUUAUGACUCUGGUUUGACGCACUGUCCCCACUGCAUACCGCUGUGGCUCUCGCUCGCUAAUCUUGUAGAGAAAGUGAAUGGGCUGAACAAAGCUCGGGCUAUUCUCACCUCGGCCAGGAAGAAGAAUCCUCAGGCGGCUGAGCUAUGGCUAGCUGCUAUUCGUGCUGAACUGAGGCAUGACAACAUGAAAGAAGCAGAGCACUUGAUGUCAAAGGCUCUGCAAGUGUGUCCCAACAGUGGUAUCCUCUGGGCUGCUGAUAUCGAGAUGGCGCCACGUCCUCGCCGGAAAACAAAGAGUAUGGAUGCUAUGAAGAAGUGUGAUCAUGACCCGCAUGUCACUGCAGCUGUCGCCAAGCUCUUCUGGCAAGACAAGAAGGUGGAAAAAGCCAGAUCGUGGUUUAAACGGGCUGUAACCCUUCGCCCAAGUAUUGGCGAUUUCUGGGCGUUGUAUUACAAAUUUGAACUUCAACAUGGCACUGAGGAGAACCAGAGGGAGGUCCUGGCCAAAUGUGUAGCUUCUGAGCCGAAGCAUGGUGAGAAAUGGCAGGCCAUAUCUAAAGCGGUGGAGAAUGCUCACCAGCCUAUCGAAGUCAUCUUGAAGAGAGUUGUGAUUGCGUUGAGCAAGGAAGAGAAGGCUGCUUGA